AUGAGUCAGCCAGUGCCCCUCGAACUGGACAUCGCCGCCCUCUCGGCCGAGAUAUUCGGCGAACAACCACAACCUGCAAACGACCAGAUGCAACUCGACAUCGACUACCCCCACCAGCAACCAGACAGCCUCGACGCACUCUUCAGCCACACAGACGUCUCCCAGCUCAUCCACUCACUCCUCCAGCAACAGCCAAAACCAACAUCACUCACCCCAGCCAACAUCAAGAUCUCCUCCCUCGACCAGCUCGCCAACCCCCCGCCCGGCCAGCAGCCCAACUACCCCUGGUGGACCAUCAUCCGCGCAGCCAUCAUGGGCAGCCGCUACGGCAUCCUCAGCCGCGACGAAAUCUACGACGCCCUCCAGCGCCGCUGGGCGUACUUCCGCUCCACCUCCGACCACGCCACCCGCGUCUGGAAGGCCGCCGUCGGCCACAACCUCAGCGUCAAGGAGUGCUUCGUCAGGGUCCAUGUCGACGGACAGAAAAACACCAGCUACUACAUCGUCGACACCGCCGUCGACCCCGCCAAGGGAAGACUCUCCAAGUGCCAGCAGCGGGCGCAGAACGAGCGCCGGUCCGAGCCGGAGAGUGGGGCGUCGACGACCGAGUCCGAGACGGACUCGGACGACACCGCCACCGAGGCCGAGCCCCUGCCCUCCACGUCCAGCAGCCGCCCCGGCGGAUCCCGCCUCGGCUCCUCCCUCAGCGCGAUCAUCGAGCCCACUGACCGUCCGCUCCAACGAAGGGCCCCCUCGACUCCCAUCCCCGCAUCCCCGCCGCCCGACUUCUCGCCCGACUUCUCGUCCCUCCAAGACCACGUCAACGCCGCACUUGCCGACGUCGCCGCCUGUCUCCCCGACAUCAUCCCCCACAGCCCCGAAGCGCCUCCCGAAGAAGAUGCUGGCCAGCAGAGCAUGAUGAUCGACUGCCUUUCGUCGAUCUUCGACCCGCUUCCGGAGAUCGACCUCGCGGCGAUCCUCAAAGAGGCCCAGAUGGAGAUCCAGGACGCCGCGGCUUCCUCCCAGCCUCCUCAGGCCGAUCCUCUCAUCGUGCCGACGGCGGCCGACUUCGACCGCCUGCUGGCGUCCGUCAUCGACGAACAUGGCGGGCCCCCGUCGCCGCCCGCGCCGGACAUCGACGACGGUGCGGUUGCGGGAGCGAAGCGGACGACCGAGCAGGCCGGGCUGGACGCGCUCCUGCAAGGCCUCAUCGACGAGGCCCAGCUCCAGCCGGCCCUCGACCCUGGGCCCUCGAUCGACGAGACGCCGGCGGCCGUCGAGGCCUCCCUGGAGGCCGAGAUCGAGGAGGCCCUCCAGCGCGCCGAGGCCGCCGCCCGCCUCGACACCCAGCUCACGGCCUCGGGCGACAUCCCCGUCCACCCUGCGCCCGCCGACAUCCCCGUGCAUCCGCUGCCCUCGGAGCCUCCGGCGCCCGUCGCUUCCCGGACGCCGAAGCUGCCGAAGCCGCGCCCGGACCGACGGGCCCCGCUGGCCCGGCCGCCCCGCCCGGCCGUCGUCCGGCCCACCCUGCUGCGCUGUCUGCCCCACCCCCCCGCCCCCGUCGCGUCCAGCGAGCCCUCGACGCCCGACCGACGCACCCGCGCAUCCGGCCCCCGCGCCACGUUCCCCGAGCUCGCUAAGGAGGCCAUCCUCGCACACCCCUCGGGCAAGCUCACGGCCGCCGAGAUCUUCAAGGUGCUCGAGAAGAAGUACCCGUAUUUCGUCGACGCCGCCGAGUCCUGGAAGGCUACCCUCCGCAACGUCCUCACCUCCCACUCCUGCUUCGUCAAGAUCCCGCGCCCCGCUGACGCCCCCGGCCGCGGCGACUGGUGGGCCACCGUCGACCUGCCCCUCUGGAAGCGCAGACGGACGACGGCCAAAGCCAAGCAAGACGAGGACUUCGUCGGCCGCCAUGCCCGCGAACAUAGUCGCCGCCACGCUGGCCCCGUCGGCCCGUCCGGCUCCGGCGCGCCCUUGCCGCGCCCCGAGCCCGCGCCGCCGGCCCCCUCGCUGACGGACGCUACCGGACGGGGCGACCUCCUCGUCCAGGACAGCCCCAUAGCGUCUGAUGACUCGCUCAGGCUUCCGGCGCACGACGACCCGCUCAUCGACCCGCUCAUCGACCCGCUCAUCGACCCGCUCAUCGACCCGCUCAUCGACCCGGCCUUCGACCCGGCCUUCGAGCCCUUGCUGAGGGAGCCGUUCUUCCCCUUCGCGGCCCCGCUCCAGCCCCUGGCCUCCCCGCUUCAGCCCCACCAGCAGCAGCAGGGCAAUCGCAUCUCGACGUAG